AUGAAUUGUGGUGGAAACCAAGUUGCAAAAACUCUCACUAUCGAUCGACGUGGCAAAGGAGAUUUCAAAACGAUUCAAGCUGGUAUUGAUUCUGUAAAGAAAAACAAUGGUCAGUGGGUUAAGAUUCACAUAAAAUCUGGUAUAUACAUGGAAAAGGUUUCAAUUCCAAAAGAAAAACCAUGCAUUAUCUUAGAAGGAGACAAUAGUCACAAAACAAUCAUUACUUGUAAUGAUCACCGAUUAACUACAAGUUGGGGUGCUACAUUCGUUUCAACUGCACCUAAUGUGAUUGUAAGUGGCAUUACCUUCAAGAACUCGUUUAACUUGGUAAGGGGUAAUUUACCGGGUACAAGAACGAAAAUUGAACCAGCAGCGGCAGCUGUUGUAUAUGGAGACCAAUCUUACUUCUACAAGUGUAGUUUCUUGGGUUAUCAAGACACUCUGAUGGCUGCAAAUGGACGCCAUUACUUUAAAGAUUGCUACAUUCAAGGUGAAGUCGACUUCAUUGCUGGUGCUGGCCAAUCUUAUUUCAAGGUAAUACAUAAAUAUACUUUGAGGCUUGUUAGCAACACUCUCCUCAGUUGA